CGGCGGUCCGAGGCCCCCCGCGAGCCCGCUCCGCUCCCCUCGGCGCUGCACCGGCGACGGGAUUGGAUGCGAGAGGACGGGGUGGGGGCGGGCGGGGGGACCCCAGAAACCCGGGUUCCCAGCUCAGGAGGAGAGCAGCCGGCAGUUCAGACGCCGCUGCGCCGCACCAGCGAGAACCACCUGCGCGCAGAGCUGCAGCGCCGGCGGGCGGCGCGGAGGAGGCGGCAGCAGCAGCGGCGGCGGCCCCGCGGGCUCCCGGCCACCACGAUGUUCGACAGCUCGCAGUAUCCCUACAACUGCUUCAAUUACGACGCCGACGACGACCCCGCGGGCGGCUCGGACGAGGAGAAGCGGCGCACGCGGCCGGCGUACAGCUACAUCGCGCUGAUCGCCAUGGCCAUUCAGCAGAGCCCGACGGGCAAGCUGACCCUGUCGGGCAUCUACGACUUCAUCAUGCGCCGGUUCCCCUAUUACCGCGCCAACCAGCGCGCCUGGCAGAACUCCAUCCGCCACAACCUGUCCCUCAACAGCUGCUUCGUCAAGGUGCCGCGGACCCACGGCCACGAGAAGGGCAAAGGCAACUACUGGGCCUUCGCCGGCGGCUGCGAGUCGCUGCUGGACCUUUUCGAGAAGGGCAACUACAGGCGGCGGCGGCGCGGCCCCGAACGCGAGGAGGCGAGGCGGACGCGCGCGGCCGAAGCGGAAGCGCCCCGGGGUCCCCCCGAGCCGGCCCCUGCGAGGGGGAGCCCCGUCCCGCGCCGCGAGGCCCCGACCCCCGCCGGCCCCGCCGCCCUGGGGAGGGAGGCGCACAGGGACAUCAAGUUCAGCAUCGACUACAUCCUCUCCGCCCCCGCCCCCGCCCCCUUUCCGGGGCUCAGGUCGCCCUACGUGCAGGAGGGCAGAUACCCCCGGCUGGAGGCCCAGCAAAUGAACCUUCACCUUUGGGCGAUGUGAGAGGGGCCGAGGCUGCUCCGCCUCCGGCGCUGGCAGCCAGUCAGUCUGGGGUCUUGCGGGUGCUUUGGGCCCACCUCAAGUGGAGAAGUGAGGUUCUGCCACAUCCCACAAACUUCCGCGGGCUCAGGCUCAACGCUGAAGCCAGCCUAGGCUGGGGGGAAACACGGUGGUCCGAUGAAAGGCACUCAUUUCCAUGUUGCGGCUUUAUCCCUUCAGGUGAAACCCAUCGGGUUCCCGUUUGAUGACUUAAGGGUUUGCUCUAGACUCACCAGGUGAUCCUGCUUGAGGGCUAAGAACGUGGGUUCAGGGUCACAUUCACUUAGAGUCAAGGUCACGUUGGAGCGUUUGCUUCACAGACGAAUGCGCACGAAGCUGCCGGUGAGCUAAGUGUCCGGUGAAGCUGGUGGGCGUCUUCCUUUAGAGCUGAAAGCAAUAAUAAUAAAGUACAGACGGUCGAGUCAGCUAUUAAUCAACCCCGUAAAUGUUGCCCAAGGUUUUUGACUGUGUCCCUGUUAUGGGUGAUGUGAUUGGAAGUGACAAAUGCAUCUCGUGUUGUGGGCAGAAUAUUUGAUGAUUGUUUUAAAACUUCUGUGUACUUUUUUAUAAACGAAAGAAGGAAGGAAGGAAGGGUGGGAGCGGGGAGGGAGGUCCAAAUUUGGGACGGCACGGGGGCAAAGCACACUUUUCUUGAUUCUUCUGAGCAGGGAGUAAGCCCUAUUCUGGCAUGUUCCAUCCAGCUGGUUUCCGAGGCAGGUGGAAGCAGACGUUCCGAGGCGGGCGGAUGAUAAAUUCCUGCUACGCUGUGAGGGGAAUGGUUAGGGAGUGAACAAUUACAAGCGUUGGAGGUGGGUGCAUCCAUUUGAAAUGUAAGUGAUUUAAUUACCGUGUAGAGAUGGUCAUUUUUAAAAAAACACAAUUAUGCACAGUGAAACUAUUUGACCAACCUUAUCAUUUUUCACCAGCCCUUUUUUGCAGAGUUAACUGUUUUCCAUGACUUAAUUUGAACAUUAGUAUGGAUUACACCCGAUCUGAUUCACUAGGUGACAACGAUUGGCUAAUUUUGUAAACGGCAAAAACACACCCAAGGAGGCCGGCUGUCUCGACUGGGAGCCACAGCCUUGCUUUAUCGGACUCGGAGAAACCGGGGCCGGGGGUAGAUGAAGGAAGGCAGCGGCCUAAGACAGGCUGAAUCACGCAAAAUACACGCUUAUACUCGGCUUCGCGUCUGAUUCAGAAGGCUGGGCAUUUCAUUAAAU